ACACCUCAAGGUCCUAGCUAAAUUCCUAUUGGAUAUGCCUUUGUUGGUCCUAUAUCAUCAUUUUCUGUAAGUAUCUUUCUCAAUGUAAAACAGAAAAAAAUCAGAAAAACCAUUAUUUACAACAUUGCAACUAUUUUUACUUUUACCUGUCCUUAACUUUGGUUCUUUCCCUAAUUGCUAGCUGAAUUAUGUACACUAUCUAUGGUCAGCUCUUUUUAUAUACAUGCCCACUAGUAUGGGCCAUUUUUUAUCUCACUUGACCAUCUAUGUUUUGUUGCCUUCUCCACACUGGAAAACUGUUCAUAGUAAUACUAGCAAGCAGUUACUGAGCAUUUACUUUGGGUACUGUUCUAAUUACUUUAAAAUAUUAGCUAUCUUUCUCAUAUGUGUAAUAAUCCCGGGUACUAUUAUUAUCCCCAUUUUACCCAUAAGGAAAUAGAGACACAGGACAGUAGUUUAUGUAAUCUGUAAAAAAAAAUUUCUUUGAUACUUCUGUAAGAAGCAAAGAUGAAAUUGAUGUCAAAGAGCUUAGUAAUAAAGUGAAAUGCAAAUAUUUUACUAUUGCCUGCUUCAUAACAAGGCCCAAGAAUGUGUGUUGAAUAAAUGAAUGAGUGAAUAUUAUUACUGAGAUGUACCAUGUUUUGCAUAGGUAGAGUCCCCAGAAUAAUGUAAAAUUAAGUAUGCCAAACACUGUGUCCAUAACUUAGUAGUUACCCACCCAACAGCUCUUUGUCUUCUUUCCUUUUCCUCGAAUUUCAGAAUCAAAAUGAUUGUCUGAUUGAACAUCUGUAAAAGGUCAUGAUGAAUUAUUCUGCAGUAUUUGAAAUGUUAUGAUUAGAAAGGUCAAACCUUAUUUUUUGGUAUGAACUGCCACAUAGAUUUGUUUUUCCUGGGCACUUUCUCUUUUUUCAAAGAAAAGAUGGUAAGAGAUUUGGAGCAGAGUGCCCUCUUGAGGAAAUUUUAGCACCUUCUUUCUCAAGAGCUGGCAUUGGAUGAAAUGAAUAGUCCAGAUAAGUGACAUACUAUGAAUGAAGCUCAGAUAAAUGAAACACUAAUAAGUAAAAGUAAUCAAAUACCAGAUAUUUGAGAAUUAAGACCCUUAACUGUUAUGAUCUAUAUCACAGAGUUUAAAAAGAAUUUUUAAAGGAAAACAAAAACCUGUAGAAGAUAUUUCAUUUCUUCUUCUUCACUCAGUCCUUCAAGUAAUACUUAUUAAGCACCUGUUUUGUUCCAGGAGCUACGCCAAGCACAGUGGUCAAGAAAACAUAGUCUCUACCUUCAUGGAGUGUACAGUGUGUGAGGAAGAUCCCAGUAAGGAGAAACAAAGGAAAAUAUAUGUGGCUACAAAUUAAGAGAAGUACUAUAAAGGAAAUGAAACAGUACUAGAAUAAAGAUUAACAAAAUACAUUCUACUUAGGGAAAUUAUCGUUUCAUGAAACUUUUACUCACACGUAGAGCAAACUGGAUGCAAAAGGAUCUAGAAGAGAUGACUCCUUUGCACUUGACUACCCGGCACAAGAGCCCCAAGUGUUUGGCGCUUCUGCUGAAGUUUAUGGCCCCAGGAGAAGUGGAUACACAGGAUAAAAACAAGAACUUCCCAAUUUUGCAGCAAACAGCUCUGCAUUGGAGUGCCUACUACAAUAACCCUGAACAUGUAAAGCUGCUUAUCAAGCAUGAUUCCAACAUUGGGAUUCCUGAUGUUGAAGGCAAGAUUCCACUUCACUGGGCAGCCAACCAUAAAGAUCCCAGUGCUGUUCAUACAGUGAGAUGCAUUCUGGAUGCUGCUCCUACGGAGUCUUUACUGAACUGGCAAGACUAUGAGGGGCGAACACCUCUUCACUUUGCAGUUGCUGAUGGGAAUGUGACAGUGGUUGAUGUCUUGACCUCCUAUGAAAGCUGCAAUAUAACAUCUUAUGAUAACUUAUUUAGAACCCCACUUCACUGGGCAGCUUUACUAGGUCAUGCACAGAUUGUCCAUCUCCUUUUAGAAAGAAACAAGUCUGGAACCAUUCCAUCUGACAGCCAAGGAGCAACACCCUUGCACUAUGCAGCUCAGAGUAAUUUUGCUGAAACAGUUAAAGUGUUUUUAAAGCAUCCUUCAGUGAAAGAUGAUUCAGACCUUGAAGGAAGAACAUCCUUUAUGUGGGCUGCUGGGAAAGGCAGUGAUGAUGUCCUUCGGACUAUGCUGAGUUUAAAAUCUGACAUUGAUAUUAACAUGGCAGACAAAUACGCAGGUACAGCUUUGCAUGCUGCCGCCCUUUCUGGCCAUGUAAGCACCGUGAAGCUAUUAUUGGAAAAUAAUGCUCAAGUAGAUGCUACUGAUGUUAUGAAACAUACUCCACUUUUCCGAGCCUGUGAGAUGGGACAUAAAGAAGUGAUUCAGACACUUAUUAAAGGUGGAGCAAGGGUAGAUCUAGUUGACCAAGAUGGACAUUCUCUUCUACACUGGGCGGCACUGGGAGGAAAUGCUGAUGUUUGCCAGAUACUGAUAGAAAAUAAAAUCAAUCCAAAUGUGCAAGAUUAUGCAGGAAGAACCCCUUUGCAGUGUGCUGCAUAUGGAGGAUAUAUCAACUGUAUGGCAGUACUCAUGGAAAAUAAUGCAGACCCUAACAUUCAAGACAAAGAGGGAAGAACAGCUUUACAUUGGUCCUGUAACAAUGGAUACCUUGAUGCCAUUAAAUUACUACUAGAUUUUGCUGCUUUCCCUAAUCAGAUGGAGAACAAUGAAGAGAGAUACACACCCCUUGACUAUGCUUUGCUUGGUGAGCGCCAUGAAGUGAUCCAGUUCAUGUUGGAGCACGGUGCCCUGUCCAUUGCAGCUAUCCAAGACAUUGCUGCCUUCAAAAUCCAGGCUGUCUACAAAGGGUACAAGGUCAGGAAAGCUUUCCGAGACCGGAAAAAUCUCCUCAUGAAGCAUGAACAGUUGAGAAAAGAUGCUGCUGCCAAGAAGAGAGAGGAAGAAAGCAAGCGAAAAGAGGCAGAACAGCAGAAGGGAAGGCUGAGCCCUGUUGUAUGCAGACCCCAGCCCCUUGCUCAUCCACCCAGCAUCCAGGAUCAGCCCAGCAGGCAGAGCUGGGCCCCCAGCAAACAGCCUCCCACCGGUAACACAACCCAGGGUUCUGAGCAGAGAGACUACCAGAGGUCUCCAGGAGGGUCUCCAGACAGAGCCCUCGAGGAGGAGCGGCAUGUUUCUUCAGACGUGCAGGACACAGACUCCAGAAAGCCAAAUGAAAUAUCCAGAGAACAUUCUAAAAGCCGAUCUGCCUGUGUACACUUCAACCCCAGUGAAAGCAAUGAUGGAAUCAGGCAUCCAGAAGUCUCCUCUGUUGAGAAGCCUAGAGUUCAGACAGUUGGCGAGCAGCAGUGUGAAAAGGGGAAAGGCUUCUUGAAGCAGCCCUGCUGCAUCAGGGAGGUGGGGCCUGGUGAGAAAGGAGACGAUCCCACUCGAGCAGCUGCAAGCCUUCCACAGCAGGACUGCCAUGGGAAGGCCAACAGGCGGCGUGAUACAGUGCCCAAGCCCAAGUAUGCCCCUCAGAAAAUGCGUGGUCAAGAGCCCAAAGGAGCAAGGUGCUCCCCAGCUGGUUCUAGCCGGCCUGGCAGUGCCAAGGGGGAGGUGCUCCAUGCUGGGCAGAAUCAUCUCCAUCAUCGAGCAUCAAGAAACAAAGUGACACAGGACAAGCUCGCAGGAGGGGUGUACUCAGAUUUGCCACAGAGCACAGAGGUGGUGAGAUCAGGGCCCAGGAAGCUGGGGACAUCCACAGUGUCCAAGGAGACUGAUCCACCACCUGGUCUCCUCUCUGGACAGAGUGUGAAUAUUGACCUUCUCCCCGUAGAGCUCCGGCUGCAGAUAAUCCAGAAAGAAAGAAGCAGGAAAGAGCUGUUUCGAAAAAAGAACAAGGCAGCAACAAUCAUCCAGCGUGCCUGGAGAAGCUAUCAGCUCAAGAAGCACCUUUCCCAUCUUCUGCAUAUGAAGCAGCUUGGAGCAGAUAUGGACAGAUGGAACCAAGAGUGUGCAGCCUUGCUUCUCAAGGUUUGGCGGAAAGAACUGGAACUGAAGCCCCCAAAGACCAUCACCGCAGGCAGGACCACCAAGAGUCCAUCCAAGGGCAGCUCAGGCAUCAAGUCCACCAAGCAUUCAGUGCUCAAGCAAAUCUACGGUUGCUCUCAAGAAGGUAAAGUACAUCAUCCCACAAGAUCUCCAAAAGCCCCUUCUGUGCUGCGUCUCAAUUCAGUGAGCAACUUGCAGUGUAUACAACUCCAUGAAAACAGUGGAAGAUCAAAGAACUUUUCUUAUAACCUGCAGUCAGCUACUCAAUCAAAAAGCAAAACAAAGCUUCGAGUGCCUAUUUCGGAAGACUGUGUUCGGGGGAGCUGGAAUAGCUAGUACAGCGUUCGGAUUCUCUGUG